AUGGCAACAUACACCCAAACCCGCAUGAACACAACCACCUCGCACCACCUCUCCAAGGACCUGUCCAACCGCUCCACGCCCCCCAUCUCCAUCGCCAUCUCCUCCAUCCGCCCGCCAUCGUCAUCCCGCGCCUCCUCCUCCGUGCCUCACACACCGGCCCUGCCGCACCAGCAGCAGCAGCAGCACUAUCAGCAAUCUCCCGCCUCGUCUGCGUCUCCGUCUCGCCGCUCCCGCUCCUACUCCUCCCCGACCUCGUCGCGCCUGCUCGCCCGCGAGAAUGCGGACGGCGACGAUGGCGACGAUGGCGACGACGCCGCCUCCCACGCCGCGGCCUGGGACCAGACGCUCCUGCGCAUAAACUUCCUCGUCGCCACCAUGGGGCCCAACACGCCGACGGCCGCGCAGUCGCCAGCCCUGUCCCGCACCUCCUCCCGCGCGCUGUGUCCAGCAGGAGCAGGAGCAGCCGCCACAGCAGCCGCCCAGCAGCCAUCCUCCCGCCCGCCGUCCUAUCCGGGCGCGACAGGACUAGACCUCGACUCUGAUGCAGCCGGCGGCACGACGGCCGCCGCCGCCGCCGCCGCAAAGGGGGCAUCUCUCACGGCUGGUGGCUCGUGGCCCGCCGUGCCUCCGGAGAAAGUCAAGCGCAAGAUCCGCCAGAUCCAGACCUGGCGCUCCGAGGUCGCCGACCACGACGGGCAGGUCUUUUGCGCGUGCGCGACCGACGUCUCCUCUGCGGCCGUCGCCACCGCCAUCGCUACUACCACCGCCGACGACACCUCUGCUGCUGCAGUGGUAGCAGGAGAAAACCCUACCGAGACCGAGGCGGCCGCCUCCGCCACCUGCAAGCAGUGCAGCUGCCCGCCCUCGCCCGCCCUGGGCCCCUCCCCCUGGGACGCCGAGUUCGACCUCGACGACGCCCACGGCGGCGGCGGCGGCGGCAACCCCUUGGGCAUGGGCUGGCUCGGCCUGCGCCGCCGCCGCGGCGGGAGGAGGCGCGGGCAGCCGCCCACGGGCGUGCGCAAGGCGCUGAGCGGCAUACGCGGGCUCGUCGUGCGCCGGGCCGCCAGCCGGGCGGACCUGCACCAGCAGGCGAGCGAGGAGGUGCCGAUCCGGGACCGCAUGGCCGCCGGGGCGGGCGAGCGGGGCGUCGUCGUGGUGCGCACGCGCAUGUACAGGGACGACGACGUGGGCGGCGAUGGCAAGCGGCGGCGGAGGAGGAGCAGGAGGAGGGGGGAAGAUGGUGAGGACAUUGAUUACGAUGACGACGACGAUGGGGAUGAAGAUGGCGAGGAGGAGGAAGACGAGCUCGACCUCGAUAACCUCAGCGCGUCGGACGACCCAGGAGGGCUGUUCGAGACCAACGAGAGGCUGCGGCGGGCGCAGAGGCUGCUGGCCAAGAGCCAGAGGCCUAGGCCUCCUGCGGCUGCUCCCUCGGGAGGAGGCGGGGCGGCGCGGUGA